UUGAUGGUUUAGUUUGAAUAAUACCACCAACCUUACUCUGUAAAUCUGGAGUUUGUUGACUUAUAUGGAUCAAUUUCCACUUUCAGAGAGAAUUCAUUAUAUUAAUGACUAUCUAAAUAGUAAUUGUCAGUUAUAUAGCCCUGUAUUAACAUAGAAGAGUUAGUAGCAUUUGCAUCCAUUUUCAACUUUAAUUUUUUUUUUUCACUGCUGUUUUUUUUUUGCCUGCCUGUCUGCCUCAUGAGAUCGAUCUAGACAAAAUAUUCGACCUAAAAAGCCAUUGACAGGUUUAACUCAUUUCAUUAUAAUCACCAACAUAUGCCAUGCUAAGAGCCAAUUUGAAGCAUCUUAGAUCAGGAGUCCAAAGGCGGUUUGCAUCUGCUGCCUCAUCGUUGGCUUCCCAACAAGCAUUACUCAGUAAAUAUCCUAUUGGGUUGAACCUUCAUGGAUUUGUAAUUGAAAAUGUACAACCAAUUCCUGAAUUUUCAUUAGUGGCAGUGUUAUUGAAACAUCAACAAAGUGGAUCAGAACAUCUCCAUUUAGACUCUCCAUCAGAUAUUAACAAUGUUUUCCUGAUUGCUUUCAAAACUAAUCCACCUGAUGCUACUGGUGUACCUCAUAUUUUAGAACAUACUACCUUAUGUGGGUCAUAUAAGUAUCCUGUUAGAGAUCCAUUCUUUAAAAUGACUAAUAGAUCAUUAAGUAACUUUAUGAAUGCCAUGACUGGUCAUGAUUUCACGUUUUAUCCAUUUGCCACCACCAAUGCCAAAGAUUUUCAAAAUUUAAUGGAUGUAUACUUAUCAUCAGUUUUUGAACCAUUAUUGACUUAUGAAGAUUUCAUUCAAGAAGGUUGGAGAUUGGAAAAUAAAGAUAUCAAAGAUAGUAAAAGUGAUUUAGAAUUCAAAGGGGUGGUAUAUAAUGAAAUGAAAGGUCAAAACUCAAAUUCAUCUUAUUAUUUUUAUAUUAAAUACUUGGAAUCAAUUUAUCCAUCACUUAAUAAUUCAGGUGGAGAUCCAGCUAAAAUUCUUAAUUUAGAGUAUGAAGAUUUACUUGAUUUCCAUACUAAGAACUAUCAUCCUUCAAAUUCAAAAACUUUCACUUAUGGUUCAUUGCCUUUAAUCAACCAUUUACAACUGUUGAAUAAGUAUUUUUCCAUAUUUGGUGCUCGUAUAAAGAACUUAGAUGUAAAACAACCAUUAUUCAAAGAUAUAACUGAAAAGAAGACGAAUAUCGAUGUGGAAGGACCUCUUGAUUCUGCAUCUGGUAAAUCACUUGAAGAACAAUACAAAUCAUCAAUUACCUGGAAUUUAGGUGAUCCAUUAGACAGCAGUAGACAAUAUGAACUCUUCAAAUGGAAAAUACUCAGUUCGUUGUUAUUUGAUGGACAUAAUGCUCCAUUAUACCAAGAUCUUAUUGAAAAUGAAUUUGGAGAUGAUUUCUCAGCUAAUUCAGGUCUUGAUACUACCACUGCUUUAUUUUCAUUCACUGUUGGUGUAAAUAAUUUAACUGUUGAGAAAGUUGAAGCUUUAGAAAGUAAAAUUGUAUCUAUUUUAAAAGAAAAGGCUUUACCUGAGUUUGAAAAUCCAACUAGUUCUUACGGUAAUAGAGUUAAUGCUAUUUUGCAUCAACUUGAAUUGAAUUUCAAAAAGCAUAAACCAGACUUUGGACUUGGUUUAUUGAAUUCCAUUGUUCCAUCAUGGGUUAAUGGAUUGGAUCCAGUUCAAUCUCUUAGAAUUGAACCUAUAAUAGAACAAUUCAAAGCAGACUAUGCUUCUAAUGGAUUAAAGGUAUUUGCCGAUCUCCUUACUGAUACCAUUUUGAAUCCAGAUACUCAAAGAGUACAAUUUACUAUGAAACCAAUCGAGAGAUUUAAUGAAAAGUUGGCGGAAGAAGAAGAGGCCACCUUAAAGACUCGUGUUGAAAAACUUUCUGAUGAAGAUAAAGAAAUCAUUCAUAAAAGAAGUCUUAAUCUUUCAGCCAAGCAAGCUGAAGAACAAGAUACCGAAGUUUUACCAACAUUAACCCUUAGUGAUAUACCAACUCAAGGUACUUAUUAUCCAGUUGUUUACAAUAAUGACAUUAGUGGAGGUAAAACCUCAUUACAAAAGAGAGUUGUUGAUACUAAUGGAUUGGUUUAUGCCGCUGCUACUAAGGAUAUCUCAUACCUCCCAACGAAAUAUUACAAGUAUAUUUCAUUGUUUACAUCUUGUUUAACUAACUUAGCUGGAACUAGUGCUACUCCAAUUCAUGAAUUAGAAACCAAAAUUCAAGAAAAAACAGGUGGUAUUUCUUUCAAUACUAGAAUUGUCAAUGAUCCAUUCGAUAUUAGUAAAGCUAGUUUACAGUUCCUGUUAUCAGGAAUGGCUCUCCGUUCCAAUACCACCAAUAUUUAUGAUUUAUGGAAAGAAAUCUUGACUGAAACCAAAUUUGACGGUUCUGAUGAAUUGGUAGUCAGUAAACUUUCUACUUUAAUUAAAAACAUGGGUCAAAACCAAUAUGAUAAUAUUGCUGAUAGAGGACAUUCAUAUGCUGCUGGUUCAAGUAGUUCAAGAUUAUUACCAAGUAAAUAUAUUUCUGACAUUAUUAGUGGUCUUUCUCAAGUUCAAUUCGUGCUUGAAUUAAAUUCUAAUCUCGAAAAGCAAGGAAAGGAAUAUUUAAUAAAGGAAGUGCUUCCUGUUUUAAAAGAAAUCCAAGAUUUAUUAAAUGAUAAUAAUGCUUCAAAAUAUAAGUAUAGAUUAGUUGGAGAUGAAGAAUCUAUUAAUGAAAACGAAGUAUUAAUUGAGAAAUUUGAUGAUAGUAUUUCUACUUUAAACCAUAAUAAAUCUCAUACUGAAGAAUUACAAAACUUGUUAGUGUCAUUCAAUUCAAAUAAAUUAGGAUUAAAUUCAUCAGCAAAAACACUUAUAGAUUUACCUUUCCAAGUUAGUUAUUCAUCAUUAGCCAAAUCUGGUGCUUCAUAUGCCAGUAAAGAUGGUGCUGCCUUACAAGUAUUAAGUCAAUUGUAUACUUUCAAGCAUUUACAUUCUAUAAUCCGUGAAGCUAAUGGAGCUUAUGGUGGUGGAUUAACUUAUGAUGGAUUAAGUGGAUUACUUAAUUUCUAUUCUUAUAGAGAUCCAAAUCCAUUAAAAUCAGUAAAAGCAUUUGAAGACUCAUUUCCAUAUGGGUUAAGUGCUAAUUGGACUGAGAAGGAUUUACAAGAAGCUAAACUUCGUAUUUUCCAAAGUGUUGAUGCACCAACUAAUAUUUCUAGUCAAGGUUCGACUGAAUUUUAUGAUGGUAUAACUAAUGAAAUGAGACAAGAAAGAAGAGAAAACUUUUUAAAUAUAACAGGUCAAGAUUUGAAUGAUGUUGUUGAUAAGUAUUUAGUAGGGAAUGAUGUAAACCUGAUUACUGUUAUUGGUGACAAUGCCAAUUUACAAGUUAGUGAUGAUUGGGAAGUUCAAAAGUUAAAAUUAUAGAAAUAGAUUAAAAAAAAAGCCAAUGUGUAAAUAGGAUAAAAAUAAAAACAACUGUAUAUAUGAUUACAAAUGAU